AUGCCACUUUACUAUGCAGCUCUAUUAGGCUUAAGUACGACUACAAGACUGCUGCUCGACGCGGGCGCCGACGUCAACGCGCAGGGUGGAGAGUACGGUAACGCACUGCAGGCAGCUUCAGAAGAAGGCCACGAGCAGGUAGUCAAGACGCUGCUCAACGCGGGCGCCGAUGUUAACGCGCAGGGUGGAGAGUACAGCAACGCACUGCAGACAGCUUCAUACAGAGGCCACGAGCAGGUAGUCAAGACGCUGCUUAACGCGGGCGCCAAUGCCAACGCGCAGGGUGGAGAGUACGGCAACGCACUGCAGGCAGCUUCAGAAGAAGGCCACGAGCAGGUAGUCAAGACGCUGCUCAACGCGGGCGCCGAUGUUAACGCGCAGGGUGGAGAGUAUGGCAACGCACUGCAGGCAGCUUCACUUGAAGGUUACGAGCAGGUAGUUAAGACGCUGCUCAACGCGGGCGCCGAUGUUAACGCGCAGGGUGGAGAGUACAGCAACGCACUGCAGACAGCUUCAUACAGAGGCCACGAGCAGAUAGUUAAGACGCUGCUCAACGCGGGCGCCGAUGUUAACGCGCAGGGUGGACGCUACAGCAACGCACUGCAGGCAGCUUCAUACAGAGGUCACCAGCAGGUAGCCAAGACGCUGCUCGAGGCAGGUGCGCAUUAA